AUGGAUAUGGAAGUGGACUGCGAGAAGAAGCAACAAGACGUGAAAGAGAAGGACUUGUUCAAAGCUGCUGAAGAAGGUGACGCGGCGACGUUCCAAGCACUCUCCUCUGAAACCCUCUCCAAAGUGCUCUCUCUCAGAAACGAAGAUGGUCGCUCCCUUCUCCACGUCGCCGCCUCUUCCGGACGCUCCCAGGUGGUGAAGAUACUGUCAUCGUGUGAUGGGUCUGCUGGUGUGGUGAAUAGUGCCGAUGAGGAAGGGUGGGCACCGCUUCACUCCGCCACUAGCAUUGGGAAUUUUGAGAUAGUGGAGACUCUGUUGAGCAAAGGAGCUGAUGUUAAUCUGAAAAAUGAUGGGGGUCGCACUGCUUUACACUAUGCAGCCAGCAAAGGUUGGUUGGAGAUUGCUGAAAUCCUCCUCUCCCACAAUGCCAAGAUUAAUAUAAAGGAUAAGACUGGUAGCACUCCAUUGCACCGGGCAGCUAGCACUGGGAGAUCUGAGCUGUGUGAACUUUUGAUUGAAGAAGGAGCAGAGGUUGACACUGUUGAUAGAAUUGGUCAAACUCCUCUGAUGCAUGCUGUGAUUUGCCAUAACAAAGAGGUAGCUCUCCUUCUGAUAAGACAUGGAGCUGAUGUGGAUGUGGAGGACAAGGAAGGGUACACCGUACUUGGUCGUGCUACAGAUGAGUUAAGACCAACACUAAUUGAUGCUGCCAAGGCCAUGAUGGAGUGA